AUGUCGCACCAGCCCGGGCGGGGGCGACGUAAGAAGCGAGCCCGGGAACCUAAGUAUGUGAGAUUGAGGUAUGCCAGCUGGAAUAUAGGGACGAUGACUGGGAAGGGGAGAGAACUAGCAGAUGUAAUGAAAGGAAGAAGGAUAAAUGUAGCUUUUUUGCAGGAAACAAAGUGGAAGGGUGCGAGGGCUAGAGAGAUUGGGGAAGGAUAUAAAUUUUAUUACUGUGGGAGUGACGGCAGGCGAAAUGGUGUCGGUAUAGUACUCGAUCGUCAUCUAAAACAGAAUGUCACAAAUGUUGACAGGAAGAGUGAUAGAAUCAUAGCGAUGAAAGUGAUGCUGGAAAACGUCACACUCAAUUUAAUAAGUGUGUAUGCACCCCAGAGUGGAUGUGACGAUGUAGCGAAAGAGAAGUUUUGGGAGGAUUUUGACGCAGUGACCAUGACUAUACCGGCAAAUGAGGAGAUAUAUGUGGGUGGGGAUUUUAAUGGACAUGUUGGAAGAAUGAAUGUUGGGUAUGAAAGAGUGCAUGGGGGUUUCGGUUUCGGAACACGUAACACACAGGGUGAAGCAUUGCUGCAAGCAGCUACUGCCUUGGACAUGGCAAUUGCCAAUACCUGGUUCCAAAAAAGGGAUGAACACCUGAUAACCUACAAAAGUGGCAAUCACGCCACGCAGAUUGAUUAUUUCCUUGUGAAGCGAAAUAAGAUCAACUGUAUCAAAGACAGUAAAAUAAUACCAGGAGAACACCUUACUUCACAGCAUAGGCUGCUUGUAAUCGAUGUAAACAUUAAAAUCCAGUUUUGUAUCAGAACCGAACGGCCCCCUGCAAAGAUAAGAUGGCAUAUGCUAGAGAAGAAUGAAUGUGCUAUAAAGUUUAAAGAACGUGUGAUAGAUAAAAUGAUAGAAAUGAAUGGAAUGGAAGGAUUGAAUGCAAACGAAUGUUGGAACGAGAUGGCAAAUUAUAUACGAAGAGUAGCAAAAGAUGUCUUGGGAGAGUCGAAAGGGAAAGGUGUGAUAGAUAAGGAAACGUGGUGGUGGAAUGAGGAGGUACAGGGAGUAUUAAAGAAAAAGAAGCAGGCAUUUAAAGAAUGGCAAAGUGUUGAAACUGGGCAGGAAGUUGAGAAGGAAAUAAAGAGGACAGAGUAUAUAGAAUGUAAGAAGAAAGCAAAGCGUGCAGUUGCUAUAGCCAGAACCGCAGCACAGGACAAUUUGUACGAGUCUUUAAAUAGCCCUAAAGGCGAAAAGCAGCUGUACCGCCUAGCGAAAGCGAGAGAAAGAAGUUCUCGGGAUAUGGCUCAUAUAAAAUGUGUGAAAGAUGAUGCAGGUAAGGUGAUUACGAAAGAUGAAGCGAUAAAAGAACGUUGGAAAGUCUACUUCGAAAGGUUGAUGAAUGAAGAAAAUGAAUGGGGCAGGGUGCUAGAGCACAGGCUGAUAAAUAUGGGUGCAGUGAAAGAAAUAUGUAUGGAUGAAGUAAGAACGGCUGUGAGAAGUAUGAAAAAUGGAAAAUCUGUAGGACCAGAUGAUAUACCAGGAGAGGUAUGGAAGUUAUUGCGUGAGGAUGGAUGCAGGAGGCUCUUGACGAGUGGUCGACUCGGUCGUCUGAAAGGGGCGCAACCGGACAACCCCGCUUUGCAGAGACUUUGGGAUGACACCUUGUGUGAGCGAUCAUAUGCACAAUUACUGGCUCAGGCGGCUAGGGUGGAGGACGCGGCCCGGCUUAAAGCGGUAAGACAACCCGAGUCGCGGGCCUGCUUGCAGGCGCUGCCUUCGCCACAUUUGGGGACCCUACUAGACAACGAUACCCUGAGAGUAGGUGUCGCCCUAAGGCUGGGUUCCAAGGUGUGUGAGCCCCAUCGCUGUAUAUGUGGAGUGAUGGUUGAAGCGAAUGGGCACCACGUCUGCGGGGCGGUUCCCGAGACACCAUGCGAUCAAUGA